UGCCAUGGGAACGGCGGCCCCGGCGCCUGGUGGGACCGGUAGUUCGCGCUUGGCGCCUCGGCCCGGCCUGGCCUGGCCCGGCGCGGCGCCCGACCUCCCGGCCGUGGGGCCGCGGGGCGCAGGGGUUCGCGGGCACGGGCAGGCGGCGGGUUUACAAAGAAAACAUCAAGAUUUGUUGGAGAUGCGUAGGAGCAGCCGGUGCCAGCAGUAUUUCUAACCGCGCAGGUAUCAUUGCAGUGGCAGAGGUGUAGAAGCUGUUAGUGCUGGGGGUCUUCAGAAAAGUAUGUCUUCCAUACUGAAGAUGCCACGAGCACAUCUUUCAGAGGAGUCAUUGCCUUGAGGCUGUGAAUUGGAUGAUUGCUGAAGCCUUUCACCUAUGUAGAAUCUACUGGUUAGCUCCUUAGCAAAGACUUAUGAAUAAAGUAGGUGGGAAGCAGCAGAAAACCAAAGUGGAAUGAAAAUGAAAAAUACAAAAACCUUGACAGGUUGAGUUUAUUUCAUUAGUGUUUAUAAAGGACUUGGAGAUCCUUGACGCCAGAUGCCAAAGAAAAACAAAAGGGCCAUUACUUCCCUCAGAGUCUGGUGAAGUGAUGAAGAUGGGCUGGAAGGGUAUUGCUGUGUGACUGAAGAGUGGAGAUUUCAAGUCCAGAAAAGCCUCUGUUGGGUUCCUUCAGCUCUCAGCACUCGCCCUUCUCAAGGUUUUUCUACCUGCAGAUACAUGCGGCUCAUUCUAUUGCAGAAGCAGCCUACUAAAGCAGAUACACCUGUUCGACUGUCAAGGUGUGGAUCAUGGGAGAACAACUGUUAAACAACAGCAUCCUUGAUCAAUUUAUUAAUAGCCAUGAGCAGUCGUAUGAAGAAUUUCUAAAUACAUUUACUUAUCUUUUGAAAGAGGAAGAGGGGAAGACAAUUCAAGGAAGUAAAGUGGACUCCUUAAGAAAUACUUUUUCUACUCCUGAAUUAUCAAAUGGAAAUAAACAAGAUGGCCCACCUGAAAGGAGCAAAGACAUUUGUGUGUCUCUUCCACCACAGAUGCAAAAUGAGAAUGGGACAGUGGUGAAUGAGAGCGCAAAAGCUGGUGGCUAUGAUGGAAAUAAUCUCAGUCUGUCUGAAAGAGCGAAGGUGGACAAGUACUUAGAUUUGGAAGAUAUAGACACAGGUGAAAAGACAUGCUGUGCAGAGUCAUUAGUUCUCCCAGGGGAGGUGGAAGAGACAGUGGCUUGCUGUACACCCUUUUUGGAUAAGCCUAUUCAACCAAAGUUCAGAACCUUGUCAGUUCCACAGCUGUCGGACAGCAAAGGCCAAGAGCUACUAGGGGAUGAUGUUCAACCAUUCUCACUGGAUGAAGAAUUUGAUUAUGAUGAUGUGGCACUGACCCCUAAGUUCUCUGAAGCUGAGCUGAAGGCCAUUGUAGAAUUGUCUGAAGAGAAGAAAAUGGGGACAGUUGUGAAGUCAGCAUGAGCUGAAGACUGAGUCAAAGGCAUUCUUUGCAGUGCUGUUGAGAUAAUAUUUUUAGGGGGUAAAUCUAUCUCUUCAUUGUACCCUUAUUUACUGUUUUUAUCUGUGUCGUCUGUAAAUGACAUCCUCGAGAUUUACUUGUUCUACCAAGGUGCCUCAGAGCCUGAGAUUGCCUUUCCCUGUACCUCCUCUGAGUCCUGAUGAAAACACAGAAUAGGAAGACGGUGCUUGCCCAAAGUUGCUUGUAUAGUAGCCCUUCAGCCAGAGAGGAAGUAUUUCCAUUCUUUUUAUAUGUUAUUACACUGACCUGCUUAGGCAUUCAGGUUGGCUAAGGAGGUCUGUAUUUGUCCCCAAACCCGACGGGAUUUUUUUGUAGGUCAGUCACCAGAUUUUAAGGCCCCAGUGCUCAGCUACUUUGCUGUUUUUUAGGUGAAACAAGGCAGUUGGAAGGAUGUCUCAAAUGACAGCCAUAAAUUCCCUUUUGUGGAAAAAUCCUUGAGUGGACUGUAUCCUGUAUUGGCUCAGGCUAAGUAUGCUGGAGUAAUUGGCUCCAUAGGACCAAAACAAGCUGGUGGAAUUCAGAACAGCGCUAUGGCUACUCUUGCUUAUAUCUGGUACUGACAGUUUCUGACUAGUGCAGAGCUAGUCCUAAACUGCCUUUUGCUUAGUUCUUUCAGUAAUGAAGAUAAGAGCUUCUUGCAGCUGACAAGUCUAUAAACUCUUCUCCUAUCACUGUAAGACUUAAAUAUACAGAGUUAUAUGAGUGAAUCAAUCUGGGAGUAUUGGGAUUUUUUCUCUGUCUUUUGAGUUACUUCACUUCUGCAGAGGAAUAAAUAUUCCUGUUUCCAAUAAGCUUUUUGGGUUGAUCAAAAUUGGUGUGGUGCAACUCCUAACAAUUAAAACACGAACUGCUACAAAAAGCCUUCCGCACAGAGGAAAAAAUAGUGAUCUCAUCCAUUUAAGGAACUGACGUUGAAAGGCUGUCAGAUUAUUGGGCUUUUUGCAGGUUAUGGCUUACACUCAGCAUCACUGAAAUGCAGCAAACUCUGAAGUUGAGUAAAGGUCAGGUAGUAUGGGUGGGAGAGUGCAUCUUUGAUAUAAGGUAGUAUGUACUCUUGCUACGAGGUGUUUAGAAUUAAUUUUUUUCAGCUUACUGUAGAAGCUUUGCUAUUGAGGCUUGGUUUAACAUAAUAACACUGAAUUGUAUUGUUGGUCAUUUUCUGGUACAACUGCAUUAGCUCAAGUUUAUUGUCCAACAUUUUGUUGUUUGCCUAUCUCCAUCAUUUCUGAAGUGGGUGAUUAACAUGAUGAAUAUGGUAAGAGUGCCUGAGCAGACAGACUAUAGGCCAAACCACUAGUUGUUUAAAGGCUCUGGAUGAAAUCCCUGUGGCCAGUUGGCUGCUCCAUUGUCACCAGUUUAUAGAAGCAAAAUAGGUGCUUUGAUGCUCCAAAGGAAAUUUAAUGGAUCAAUAAUUUUGUAGACCAUAAUCACAUGCCACUAAAAUCUGAAUAGUGUUUGUUUUGAGGAAUAGUAUUUACCUCAGUUAAGGGGAUAUAAUUUAAAAAUGAGAUUAACAAGAACCAGAAAAGAAAGUGGUCUCAGGCAAGAUGUUUAAGGAAAGUGAUAUAAAACUACAAGUAUAUUUAGAAAAACUGGUCUGUAUAGGACCUUGUUGGUAGAAGGUAAUGAGAAAUUUAUAUUUAACAUUGCACUCCAAAGGAUGCCUGUGCUGUACUUAAAACAGUUUUGAUGCAAUUGGCUGUAUAGCAGAUACUGUUCUUUGGGAAACUUUUUUUUUCUCUUUUAUAAAUGGGAAUUCAUUUAAAUGUGAAUUUUAAUUAAUUAAAAUAAUAAAUUAAUUCAUUUAAAUAGUGAAGUGUUUUGUUGAACCCAAGAUAUUUUGAAUUAAGUUUCAGAUCCAACUGGUAUUUUGCAGUGAAACAUACAGCUAAAAAUUCCUGAGCAGAUCUAAUUAUUAAUUCAUCUUCUUCUGGAAGACACAGAUGAUGUGUAUAAAUGGGAGGGAUAAGAAGUAUGUUCUGGAACAGAUCCAUGAGUAAAUCUGGGAGGAAGAAAUCGAGAACUUCUCUACAAAGAUCGCAAGGUCAGCUUUUAAAAGCCUCAACAGAAAAAUAAGGGAGAUGACUUCACUAACUUAGGUAUGUAUAGGAAAGAUAAAGUAAGGAACCUUCAGUCUAAGAGAACCUUUGUGUAAGAGUUUGCUGUCCUGCACACAAAGAGUCAACUGUAAAUGUGAACUUUUGUGGGUUUCUGAAAUGAUGAAUUUGGCACUUUUUUGGUGUGCUUUUUUAGAAAGGUAUGAGACACCCAAACUGUUGGAAUCCUGUUGCCAGUAGAGUUAAUAAAAAACCUUGAAGUUCAUAAUGAUCUUCAGGCCAAAUCAGCUCCAGAAUCUCUUAAGUGCAUUUUCUAUUCAUUUCAUUAUCAAUUUUUCCUGGUACAUCAGGGAUACAUCCAGCCACUCAGUUUCUUCUCUCACAGGCAGGUGAUUCUCUUACCAAAUGUUCAGAGUACCUAUUAUGCUCCAUAAGUGUCAUUCAGUAUAGUAAUUACAUGGUUCUGUUUGAUAUAAAGGAACACUUUGCUGCAAAAUACCCAACAAAACUGGAAGUCUAGAGACAUCCAUCUUAUGCAGAGAAAUGGGGAUAAUUCACGUACAUUUACACCACUUAUGAGUUAGAUUUUUGCUCUUUGUUAACAGAAAUGGGUAUCACAGUGGAGAUUAGGCAGUGUAGUCUACAUUUUCUGAAUAUGACAUUUUAUUGGCCUGCCCCUUUGGUUGUUUUUGGCUUGUACCUUUCAUUUGAUUAUCCUUCACAGAGGAGGCAUAUUUUCUUCUUUGCCAUUACGAGGUUGUCAUUUUUAAGAACAUACUUUAUGUGUUUGUUAAAUUUGAUACAUGUACAUAGAGUUAGUUAUUGAAAUUGUUUCAGUGUUUGUCAGGUGGUUUGGAGUCUGAUUAAUAUAUCUUUUCUUCUUGUAACUUGUAUUCUCUUUAAUAUUUAAUAUUGUCAGCAGGGGUUGGUGAGGGACAUUCUCUUUUCUAUUUAUGGUAUUUUCUAAACAUUUUUCCUCUUUUCCUAAAAAAGUAAAGGCAAAAGUCAUGCAUAGAACAGGAAACUUCAAGGGCUACUUGGAUUUGACUUAGGGGCUGCUGGAGUAGGGAAUAUGAUUCUCCCUACCACACUGACAAUAAUUUUGAACUGCAAAAUCUCUUGAUAUUGGGUGAACCCAUUGGAGGUGAUGGUUGUGUGGUGCAUCUCUCUAAUCCCUUUGUAUUCAUGACUUCACUGAUGUCUAAAGUGCAAUGGAGUUAUGCAUCCGUACCAGUCAGUGAGCUUGUUGUUUACUCUGUUUUAAACUUGUUUACUUGGGUGUUAACAGAAGGAUACUGACUGUUUCUUUACACAGUCUUGAUGGAGCCUGAGUUAUGGGGAGGAACUCCUUGAGUUUAUGGGAAGUGUAGUAGUCCUUCCACUGAGGCAGGAAUCUGAAGGGUCGUUUCCUUGGCUGGUGUGGUGCAAGCUUGGAUAUUAAUGCUCAGAGUUACUCCUUGUGGGUGUAAAAGGAAGAGUAAUUAUUUGCCGAGAUAAUGGUUGUGAAAGAAUAAGAUAAAAAUUGAAGAAAUGAAAAGAGAUGCAGACAAAUCUGACUCAGACAUUGUUAGUGUUCUAAAUGUAUUUUUGUUUAUGCACAAAGGUAUCAUUAUAUACACUUGUAUACAGAUAGUGCCUCUGAAAGAAAAUAAUUUUAGUAUGAAGAGUACUCACUAGAUAAUUCAGAACCUUUUGAAGAAGAUGGCAUGGAAACAAAUCCCUGCUCUUAUGGAAAAGACCCUUUGAUCCUCUGGCCUUGAUUUUCUGCUGCUAUAAACUGGCAGAACUCCACUGAGGCCAUUUGUAUUCAUACAGAGCAGACAGGACCCUGGUAUUUACAGUCUUAGCUGAAAGAAUAUGGAGCCAAAUCAAUUUCUGAUUUAACUUUACUUAAUAUAUAGCUAUGUAUAUGACCCAUUAUCAUUAUGGGAAAAUAUUUAAAUGAAGAGCCAAUGCACAUGAAAUGUAAAAAACAUAUCUUCAACUGUUCACUUACUAAUUCUACAGAGGUUGUUUUGGAGUUUUCGUAGUGGUGUGUGCUUAGAACAUUGCUUUUUGCUUUAACGAAAAUAUCACAUACAUUUUCAAGUCCUGUUCAAAUCAUGAAACUUGAUUACAUACAUGACUACUAAAGAUUCCCACCUCAAGUUUUUUUUUUCCCCUCUGCAUCUUGGCAAGAUUGGAAAGUGGACUUUGCUUUGUCUUGGAAUUGUUUUAAAAAGGUCUGACAUUCUUUGUGAAAACAUACACUUACAAAUGUGGACUCUCAGUGAUGCAACUCUAAAUGCAGAAAUAAAAACAGGACCAAAUUCUUAGUUAUUCAGCAACUCAUGUACGUCAUGGAGUAGCUAAACUGCAACUUAGUAUCAAAGUCCCUGUUUGAUAGCAGGCUGAUUUGUAGCCUGUUGUCCUCUACCUUCAGUUUUAGUCUGGAGUCUAAGCAGUAGCAUGGUCCUACCUGGGUAUGAGUUUUUACAUCCCAGUUGGAAGAGACUGCAGGACAAUGAAUUUCCGCUAACCAAAGAAGCUGAACCAACAGACUUGUAUCUGAGCUCCAUGCACACUCCAACGUGCUGAAUAAUUCAGCUGAGUGUGGCUGUUCACCUCUGUUCAGCAGAUUUGUGUUAUAACCAUUGUGAAUGUGAUAGUCCUGAAGACGUGCAAUAGAAAAGUGGUGACUGACAGUGGUUGGGGCUGGGAUUCAUUGGAACCUGUUCACUUUCUGGGGCCAUGCUGAACAGGUGGCUGACUGCUCCUUUGCAGGUGGGGCUUCAGCCUUGGUGUGUUCAGUGUAAGUGAGGAACCCUGUGACAAGGGUUUCUUGCUGGCCUCAAGAGGUGAGCUCCCUGCACUGCUGAGCAGAGUGCUUGCGAUAGCGGAGGGCAUUACCACCACAGUUGCUUUCUUGUGGCAAGGCAUCAGUUAGCACAGGUGGCUGUGAGGUGCCACGUGUGCCCUGGGCGCCUCUUGGAGGGAUGCGCUCUCUCACUGAGCGGCUGCUGCCUUUGCUGGUCGUGGGCACAUGUAGUUCUCCCAGGUGCUAAAUGUCUGCCCAUCCCUUGGAAAAACAAGACAGGAUGGUUUGCUGUGAAAUGGUGUGAAGUUGUAGAACAUCUCAAAAGAUGAUGAGUUUGGUAAAAUUGUGAUUGCUGGCUGUUGCAAGUGACACCUUGUGUUUUGCUGGCAAGGUACUGUAAGCCAGCAUUGCAGGUGCAUGAGCUGUGAAAUGCCACAGAAUUAGACUGGAGAUAGUUUUAGUGCUUGUUUAUGACAAGUUUGCAAGAAGAAAAGCAAGUGUUAAAAGGUACUGUCAUUUUUAUAGACAGGUUACUUUAUUUGCAAUUGCAGUGCCCUGCAGUUACAAUGGAAAUCAAUUUUAAUGCCUUAUGAAAAUGCAGAAAUACUUGUCUCAUUUACAGCACUUCCAAAAAGGAUAGAUAAUAAAAUUCCCCUGAUUAACAGUCUAUAAUUUUAUGUUCUCUGUGGUGUCUUGUUUGGUAUAUCUAGCCACCUAAAUGUUUCAAAAUAAUAAGCAAAGACAGAUCUGAACAAAAUCCCUAAAUCUAACUUCACGCUGAAUUUCAGCUUGUAGAAACUCUCUCUAUAUAUUCAAAGACCUCUUUGAUCUGAAUAUUCCCAAACUUUGGGAAAGUAGAUACUCUACUCUAAAAGUCUCUAACCAAAAAUUUCUCAAGCAACCAUUUAUUACCCAUCUGGACUUACAAAAAAACAAAGCAGUCAGGGUCCUGCCUAUAUAAAAAGAGCCUAUGGAGCAUAACAAUUGGAAUAACUUCACUCUAUUAGAAGAUAACAGAUAAAAGGAUUCUAAAGGUAGAAUUAAAGGCAGAAUCAUAUUCUUCUGGAGAAUGAACCAUACUAAAAUAUUCUGUUGACUUCAUACAAUUCUUGAGAACCUUUGAAUGCCCGACUGAAAAAUUAGUGUAAUCAUUUUGUAAUUCAUGUGGAUUUACAACACAGUUAUCUCUUGAGCCAUUAAAAUGAGAUUAAAAAUUG